UGGUUCAAGUCUUCGAUAUGAAUGCUGCGGCAAAGAUGUAAUUUUUUCGAAAUUAUGUUUAUUAUUUGGCCCGAGUUCGAUUCCCGGGCGGUGCAUUUCUCUUUUUAUUCCCCCUAUAUUUUUAAUUUUUGGGAUUUAUUUGAUAAAUAUAUUUUUUAUUCACGGCCUGUCUUUCCGGAUCUCUCUGCACUUGCUUCACAACUAACAAUGAACGCCAUGGCCACAUCUCCAACCGAUCUUAUUCUAGAGAGCAAUAAUGGUAGUGGCAGCGAUUCCGACACCAAUCACGAUGACGCGCCUGAAUACUACCAGCCAAUCUCAGCCGUGGAUGAUGAUGACGACGAGCAUCAAGAAGGUUUGAGUGAUCAAGUGGUCAACUCAGAUGAAGAACACCACUAUGACAACAUGUCGAAUGGCUAUGUCAAUCGAGUGGAAAACGGAAUCUUGUCUCUUCAUGUAGGCGAAUUUGCUGCGGAGGAAGAAGAAGAAGAAGAGAUGAUGAGAGAGGCGUCUGAUACGGCGAUACGGAGGGCGUUUAGGGAAGACGAGAGCCGAAGAAACGCGCCGUUAACCCCGGAGAAUGCUAUGAGAGUUAGGGAAGCGAUGCGUGGGGUUUCAUUUGCGGGAUUGACUCCUGAUUGGGCCAAUCAAGUUCCCGAGGAUAGGUGGAUCGAUCAGCUUCGGAGAUUGAGGCAACCGCAACGCCCUUCCGGUACCGUGUAAAACUGAUCAAGUUUUCUUAGAUGAAUUAUAUAGUUCCAAAAAUAAAAAGCAUCUUUGUUUGAAUUUUUAGCUUUUAAUCCCCAUUAUGAGACAAAUAGGUAUUGCAACUUGAAAGUGUCUUUGAGUCCCUAGAUUUUGGAUUAGUUUCUAGCAAAUGGCAAUGCAAUUUUUUUCUCUUU